UCCUACUGUCUGUCGUUCUUAAAGCUGGGGAGAAGGUCCAGAAGAUGCGGAAAUAGGAGUUAAUAAAAGCUUGUAGUAGCUAUUUUUCAAUCAAAACAGUUAUAGAUGGCCUUACAUCUUGCAUAAUGACACAGCUAACUAAGUAUUUUUGACGAACUUUUCACCAUGAGCACGGCAAACUGGCAGGUCUUGUGGUCUCCAAACCAACACGACAAGUUCAUCACCUUCGGAAGUGAAAUAUGUCUUUACAAAGUCACCAGGUCUCAGGAAAGUCCUCCAAAGGCUGCUGGUGCAAGAAGCCAAGUCAUUCCUCUUUCUGGAGAUACCUAUGCAUCACUUUUAUCUGUCAUGAAUGAUAUACAAAAUUUAAAGUGUGUUGCUUGGUGUCCAAAAUCAGAACGAGAAAACUUGUUAGCUGUUGGACAAGCAAAUGGAAGAGUUUUAGUCACGUGCAUUGGAAGGGAAAAUAAUCAGUCAAACCAAGGAAUCUCUAGAGAAUUUGUCCCCAGGCAUUCACGGCAAUGUAACAGACUUGCAUGGAAUCCUGUUGAAAAUAAAUUGCUGGCAGUUGGGCUAGACAAAGCAAGAAAUGAUCCUUCUCUCCUGGUUUGGGACGUCAGUGUUCAGCCGAGUGUAAGGGAUAGUGGGAUCCAAGAAAAGAGACACUCUGGAGUGACUGGUGGCAAACAAUCUCCCAUUACAGUAGGGACACAUUUUCAAGACCCUUCACAUAUGCAGAAUAGGGCUCUUGUUGAACUGUCCACUUCAGAAACAACUGUGUCAUUAGCUUGGUGUCCCUAUGAUCCUAAUGUGUUGAUCACUGGGCAAGGACAGAAAUUCAUCAGAGUGUUUGACAUUCGCGGUGAGUUGAGUGUUUCUUCUGUGAAGAGGAACAGAGUUAAUUGUUGGAAACUGAAACAUGCGUCUGUAAAAUAAGAUGAUGUUGAAAUA